CUGCAAUGCAACAGACAGCAAGUCAAUCGGGGGGAGGGAAUCUAGGAGUGCCCGCUGUACCGAAGUUGAGCACUCUCCAGGAGGGAGAUCAAGGGACCACAACAUGUGCUGAAGAACCAGAGCAAGAGAGGACUGGCCCAAGCUCUUCGCAGUGCACACCAAAAGAAAAAAAGAAAGCAGAGCCUGAAGUGAAAGUCCCAGAUGAUGUGCAUGUGCAAAAUAAUGGUUUGCAACGCCCAGAAAAAGAGGGCCACCCUCCAGGGGAGAAGAAACCUGAAGAACAAACCCCUUUGGAACCCUCUGGACCAAGGCAAGUGAAUUCUCAGUUGCCGACUGAUGAACAAAGGAAGUUGGCUGCAAGAGAGGGAGAGGGGCAGCUCCCAGCAAACCCAUCGGAAAUGAUAUCUGAACACUUCAAAAGUACGGAGGAAAAUCUUUCGACGCAUACCAGCACAUCGCCGUCUGAUUCAAAAGACAACACAGAGGCCCCAACAGGUGUGAGUUCUGACACCUCCACACGAACCCAUCGGACGACAUCACCACAGACUACGUCAGACGUCAGUGCUGCUAAUGAAGAGCCUACGAACAAGUCGACUCUUCCAGCAGAGAAAGAGCCCCUCACUGCCGCUUCCACUGCAGCGCCUGGUGCCUUGGACACUUCUGCGGAGCAACCAUAUGAAUCCGAAGCAUUGGCCACGGUGGCAGCUGCCGCUUCUCCACGGCCCAAAUCCGACACCACCAACAGCAACGGCGAUGAGGUGCCCGGCAAGAGUAACAUGGAUGGGGUCAGCGGCUCGGCCCAGCUGUG